AUGAAUAAUAGUUUUAUAUUGUCGAAAAAUAAAAAGAUUGUUGAAGGUGAAGAAGACGAAGAGGAAGAAGAAAUUUAUGAUGAGGAAUAUGAUAUUAAACCAGUAGCAAUUUUACCAAAGAGUAGUAGUAAUUUAAAUAUUAAUAAAGAGAUAUCAAUAAAUGAUCACCCAGAGGAUUUAGUAGUUGGCGCUAAUUCACCUUUAGAAAUUAAUAAUAGCACAAAAACUGAAAAUCCAGAAAUACCUCUAGAUUUAGAUAGCAAUAGCGGCAACAAAAAUAAUAGUAACAACACCAAUAACAGUAAUAACAAUAAUACUAAAAAAGACACAAAUAGCCUUGAAAAUCAAUCAAAUGAAAAUACAACUGACUUAAAAAAAUCAACAGGAGAUACACCAAAUAAUACCACCACUACAACUACAACCACCACUGCUGCAGCUAAGGAAGAAUUUUCACCAAUUCAAGUGGUUUCACCUUUAUCCUCACCAGCUUCAUCAUUAUCUUCAUCCAUUUUAUCUCAAAGCUUAAAUGAGCAUUUACAAUCUACAGUUGCCCCACAAAGAAAAUUAUCAGCAUCACAACAACCACAAAGAAUUCCAUUAAGUUUAGGUGAAAACAAACUAAGAGAAUAUAAUGAAACUUUAAGAAAAUCAUUUUGUUCAAGAUCACACAACCUUUAUUUUUCAAUUAAUAGAGAAGUUACAAAUGCAAACCAACAUUUGUCAAGUGUACUUGAAGUUGUCAAAAGUAUACAACAUAAUAUUAGACAAUCAAAUGAUGAUAUUUUAAUCCUUAGCGAAAAAUUAGAGCAAACCGAAUGGUCUUUGCAAUGUUAAAAUAAUAAAUGUAAAUAAAAUUCAAUAACUUUUUUUAAAU